GAGUUCUCAAACGCCUCAAUUAAUGGACAAAACCAUAUCUAGCGAUUCUACAUCAUUCUCUAAUGCAUCAAGUAGAAGCACUGUCUGGAAGCACUUUCAUAGAAGACCUUCAUAUGCACCAAAUCACAAUGUUUGCAAAUAUUGCCAUCCUAGAAAAAAAUACAAAAUAACAACUGGCUUAUCAACUUUACGGGCCCAUCUUAUAUCCAAACACCAGUUAGAAGUUCCUACUAAAAAUUAUAAUCUGCAAUUUAGUGUAAAUCCUUUUGACUUACAAACACAAAAAGAGCAUACUAAAUACCUUUUAAAGUGGAUCAUAUGUGAUCUUCAGCCAUUUACUAUCAUUGACAAUAGCUAUUUUUGGUCAUUUAUUAAAUUUCUUUGCCCACGUUAUACAAUUCCUAAACGACAUCAAAUAAAAGAUUUAGUAAUGGAUGAAUUUAAUUAUCGACAACCCAAAAUUAUAGAUAAACUUAGCAAUAUUCCUGAGAAAUGUUUGUUAACAGCCGAUAUCUGGUCUUCAACUGUCAAUAGAGAGGCUUUCCUUGGGCUUACAGUUCAUUAUAUCGAUUCUAAUUGGCAAUUACAAAAUUUUUUGCUUGAUUUAAUUCCGUUUAACAUUAGUCAUUCAGCAGAAUCGAUAUUGCAAAAACUCUCUGAAUACCGUGACAAAAUGGACCAACUAUCAAUUACUUCAACAAUCUUAGACCCCUAUAUCAAACUUUCAGUUUUUUCAACUCAAUCAAUGCAAAAUGCAAAUAAUUAA